AUGAAGCUUGGCUCACCUGGCGGUUUGGGGGUUGCCCGAGCGGCGGCCGCGCCCCCUUUUGCACUAAACCCGGAGAUGGAGGAGGAAUCCUCGGAGGAGCCCGGGCCUCCGGCUCCCGACGAGGCUCCCCCAGAUCCUAAUAGCGGAGAUGACCCCAUCCCCGCGUCGGAGAAAGGUGCGACGUUCCCGGAGGACUCAGAGGCUCCGCUGCCCAAGCCCGGAAAAGAAGCAAAGGACGGGGCCGCCAAGAAGCUCUGCGGGUAUUUGCUUAAAUUCGGUGGCAAAGGGCCUAUCAAGGGCUGGAAAUCCCGCUGGUUCUUCUAUGAGGAGAGAAAGUGCCACUUGUUUUACUCCAGGACGGCUCUGGAUGCUAAUCCCCUGGGGAGUAUCGACCUUUCCACUGCUACCUUUGAUUGCAAAGUGGAAGCCGAGGAGGGGAUUUUUGAGAUCAAAACUCCAAGUCGAGUUAUUACCCUGAAGGCUGUCAACAAACAAACCAUGAUGUACUGGUUGCAGCAGCUUCAGUUGAAGCGUUGGGAGUAUAACAACAGUCAGCCUGGAAUCCUGGUCUCAGGGGACACUGAUGAAGCUUUGCCUGGAAAUGUCUCUCCUCUGCACAUCACACUAGAUGAUACAGAAACUGAUGAAUUUUUCUGCCCUGUGAAAACACCAACUGGUCUAGUAGGCAUAGCAGCUGCUUCUCAACCUGUUCCAGAGAUGCCCACUACCCUCCCAAAUAUUUCCCUCAAACACCUAGGAACUGAAAUACAAAACACAGUGUAUAACAUCUGUAGCAACAAGCAGUCCAGGGGAAAUGGCCGUGUUUCCCAGGGGGAUGAAUCCCAGAAGUUUGGGGAGAAUCAGAAUGAGGAACAACACCUACAAGUAGACCCAGGACUUGCUGGGAAAGAAACAGAGGAAUAUUCAAGAUCUACCCAGAAGUCAGGUCUGACAGCAAAUUUUAUUCAGAAAGCCAAAAAGCAGAACAGUAAUUUCCCUGUCUUUACUGAAGGCUUACGUGAAAAAAAUGCUCAGGAUAAAGUGGGGGCCCUUCAGCAGCAGGUUCUGAUGCUCACAGAGGAUUUAAAGUCUCAGAAGGAACUUGUGAAGAUUCUCCAUAAAGCUCUUGAAGCAGCCCAACAGGAAAAGCGGGCAUGCAGCACCUACCUCACUGCCGCCGAAGAUAAAGACCGUCUAGAGCUGGUUCGGCACAAGGUGAGACAAAUUGCUGAGCUCAGAAAACAUGUGGAAAGCCUCGAACAAGACAAGAAGGCCCUUGAGGAGACCCUGGGCUUGAGGGAGGAGCAUAUUAAGGAACUACAACAGCAUGUACAGCUAUUAAUGGAAAAGAACCAUGCCAAGCAGCAAGUUAUCUCCAAGCUCACAGAGAAAGUGACUAAGGAUUUCAUGGAGCCACCACAGGUAGCAGAUGGGCUUGACUCUGGGACCCUCCUAAAUCCUCAGGAAAAGGCUGAGUAUUUGAAGGAUGACAUAGAAGCCUACAGGACCCAGAACCGAUUCCUGAACUCUGAAAUCCACCAGGUCACAAAGAUCUGGAGAAAUGCUGCUGAGAAGGAGAAAGUCCUUUUGAUGAAAUGUGCCUAUCUCCAAGCAAAGAAUUGUCAAAUUGAAAGCAAAUACCUCACUGUGUUGCGAAAGCUACAAGACACGUUGCCCAGUGAGGAUAGUGAAUGUGGGGAGAUGUUAAAGAAACUGGUUCAUGAAGCUCUACAAUGGGAUGUAAAGGAGGGAGCAGCUGACUCCAUGAAAUUGAAUCCUAUCAGUGAAUAUGAUGACUACGGAUUCAUGACUGUCCCUGAUUAUGAAGUUGAGGACUUAAAACUUCUGGCAAAAAUCCAGGCUCUAGAGAUAAAAUCUAAUAAUCUCUUGAACCAUGAGGCAGUAGAGAAACCCCUUCGUGAGAAAUGGAAUAGUAUUGGGGAACUUAUGCCUUCUGCAGACCUGAAGCAUCUGAUCCGGAGUGGCAUCCCCGCUCAGCACCGCCAGCGGGUCUGGAAGUGGAUGAUAACUCUCCGAGUCAGACCCAUCCAAGCAGCCAACCAUUAUGACAUACUCCUCAAAAAGUGUGAAACCAUGGAGCACCCAGCCUUUCGGCAGAUUGAGUUAGACUUAAAUCGCACCUUAACUAACAACAAGCACUUUACAAGCCCCUCUUCUAAAUUUAUCUCCAAACUCCGAAGAGUACUACUAGCAUUCUCCUGGCAGAACCCUACAAUUGGCUAUUGUCAAGGGCUGAACAGAUUGGCAGCCAUUGCCCUCUUGAUUCUAGAGGAGGAAGAAAGCGCUUUCUGGUGCCUAGUUUGUAUUGUUGAGACCAUAAUGCCAGCAGAUUACUACAGCAAAACUUUAAUAGCAUCUCAGGUAGAUCAAAGGGUUCUCCAAGAUUUUUUAUCAGAGAAGCUUCCCAGGUUGAUGGCCCACUUAGAGCAACACAAAAUCGACCUGUCACUGAUCACCUUCAACUGGUUCCUCGUGAUUUUUGUGGACAGCCUUAUCAGCGAUAUACUGCUCAGAAUCUGGGAUGCCUUCCUGUAUGAAGGAAUUAAGGUGAUAUUCCGAUACGCCCUUGCUAUAUUUAAGUACAAUGAAGAAGCAAUACUAAGGAUUCAUGACAGUCUUGAGAUCUACCAAUAUCUUCGAUUCUUCACCAAAACAAUAUGUAAUGGCCGUAAACUGAUGAAUAUUGCCUUCAAUGACAUGAACCCCUUUCCCAUGAAGCAACUCAGAAAUCGGCGGGCAGUGCACAGGGAAAAGCUUGAGACUGAGCUGAGGGAGCUGGAGCACAUCAAAGCAGAAUUCCUGAAAGAGAGAGCCAUGCAAGGAAGCAAGUCACUGGAAGGUUCCGUGAGUGAGGAUGAGGAAGAGACUUAACGAGGAGCUCCUUGAUUCACUCGUCUUCUGGCUGGGCAAUUUGGUGUGUCAUUAGGUUGUUUGGGGUUUUUUCUUUCUCAAAGCUCUUUAUGAUUUUCUAACCAAAAAUGCAUCUAAAAAAGGAGUCAAUAGCAGCAGGAGAGUGAUAAGGAUGAGGCCCUUUGAAUUCAGGGGAUUGCUGGAAACGUUUUCUCCCAGCCAUGUUGCCCAGCCCCCUGUUUGCUGCACCCCUCUUUUCGGCCUCAGGAUCACUCCACUUCACUCUCUCUACUUUCCAGACAGUGCUUUGGGCACCGUGAUCAAAGUCAAAUGGGAGUUCUUAGGAUCAUCAGUUUGGAGCUGGAAGGGACUUUAGUGAUGGCAUCUGGCCCCUUUUCAAAAAGAGGUUAGUUAACUUGCCCAGCGUCAACGCAAGGAGUGACCAGCAAAUUUGAUAUUUGACUCCAGAUCUCAUGGUUUUUUCCAUUGAAUUCAGAUCCAACACUGACACUUGUGUGUGUCCCUGAGUAAGUCACUUAGCCUCUCUCAGCUUCAGUUUCCUCUUCUAUAAAAAAGAGGGUGAUAAUAGUGAUAGCUUCUACCUCCCAGGGUUCACAUGAGGAUCCAAUGAGAUAACAGCACUUUGCAAAGCCUUAAAGUGCUAUAUAAAUAAAUACUAACUAUUAUUGUUGUACCUUGGAAUUGGUGUUGUUGUAAACUGGUAGACCUGCUUUCAUCAUCCAAUUGAGCCUGUUCUUGGCCUCAUCUCACUAUGUUUACUCAAAACUCAGAGCAGAGACCACAGGAAAUACCACCUAUUGAAGCCUAGUCCAUAACCAUACUCGCUGUUCCAUGCCUACUUCUGAGGACUUGGGGGUGAAGUGGGCCUCACGGAACACUGUGUGUUCUAUGACAGGGAAAGCAAUUCCAUGUCUUCCCACUCCUGCUUCAGCCCCAAAGUUAUGUUUAAUGUCACAUGAAAGGAUUUUGUACAUUUAUUUCUAUGCAAAGCUAGUCAGGUAACCUACAUUUUAUAUCUAAUGUGAUAUGCCUGUUUUGAUUGUUGAAGCACUUCAAUUGAUGAUUUAAUAAUCGUUUGCCUACUUAAAAACUGACCUCUUUGGAGAGGAGAAAGAUGAGCAAAUUUAUGAUACAUGUUUAAUAAUGUCACAUGUUUAAUAGAGAAGCACACCUAAUACACACAGCUCACCAAAAUGAUUCUUUGGGGGGGGGGCAAUAAGGGUUAAGUGAGCUACUAAGUGUCAAGUGUCUGAGGCUGGAUUUGAACUCAGGUCCUCCUGAAUCCAGGGCCGGUGCUCUAUCCACUGUACCACCUAGCUGCCCUAGAAUGAUUCUAAAUGAUAAAUUUAACUUCAGUUUUCUUUUUCCUCUGCCCAGGAAAGGUCACUGUGAAACUGUUGGCUAGGAUACGUUUUCUGCUCCCUUCAAGUUGUAUCAAAAUCAUUGAUUAAUACUAAUGAUCUAUAUUCAGAAUCUUGUGGCUCAGAUCUCUCAAUCUAGUUCAUACUGAUCCUCCUAACCUUGUAUCCUCCAUAAGACAUUGUUACAGUCCAUUCUAGCCAUGAAGCUAAGCCAUUGGCCAGGUGAGGCAGGUAAACAGUCUCCUUUGUUAAGUAUUUUCUUGGAUUGGAAGGCAGAUGAAUGCUUGCCUGAGUGUCUCUGAGUGUCUUCUGUUGCUUGGGAGCUUCCAGGUGGGUUUAAGCUUUUCAAAUAAUGAUUCAUUAGGAGGCCCCUCCUCUCUUAAGUCUUCACUCGCCUGUUGCUCUCAUUAUACUUGAGAGCAUCAUAGGACUUUGGGUGCCCUCUUUAGGAGGAGUCAUGCAUGGCAGACACUGAUCACACUGACUCAAUCAGUAGAGACCCACACACACACACACACACACACACCCUUAACCUUGUGGGCAGCAUACUAAGUGGAAAAGUUCACUUCACCUCUCAGCCUCAGUUUCUGUUCAAUGGUCUUUUCAGUCUGGUAAAUGGUAUUAAUAAUGCUAUCCUGCCUACCUCACAGGGUUGUUGUGAGGAAAGAUGAAAUGAUGGGUGCUCACCAUAACUAGAAUGUUUGCUAUGCAGCCAAGGGCCUGGCCAGUUCAAAAAUGGUUUUGCUGAUAUUUUGCCCUCCCUAACAUGUCUAUCACCCAAAAAAGAUCAGAGAAACUCAUCCUGACUUUAUCUCCCUAGAAGAGGGCUUGUGUUCCCUAACUACUUGUUGAACUGACCCUGCCUAUAGAUUCUCAUAGAAUCAUUGGUAAAUUUGCCUCUGGAAUUCCCAAUGCACUUUGCGAUAGUUGGCUGAAAAGCUCAGUUACAGCACUAAGUACCCAGGAUGUGAUGUAACCAUUGGAACGUCUCACAAAGCUGGCAGGAACUUUAUGAGGUGGCUAUAGAAAUUUUUUUUCAAUAAAUCAUUUCAACAUAUAAAUCAAUACACAUAGUCUGGAGACUUCUGAUAUCCCUUUUUCUGCAAAACAGACUUAAAGAGAGAUAGCAAGGGGCAGCUAGGUGGUGCAGUGGAUAGAGCACCAGCCCUGGAGUCAGGAGGACCUGCGUUCACAUCUGGCCUUAGACACUUAACACUUACUAGCUGUGACCCUGGGCAAGCCACUUAACCCCAAUUGCCUCACAAAAAAAAGAGAGAGAGAGAGAGAGAGAGCAAAUCAACCAUUUGUUGCCAAAAACUAGAAUGCUUUUCCCAGAAUUUAGAAGCAACUUCCAGUAUAUAAAAAAAAAAAGCUAUGCAAUGUGACCUUCUAUAUACUAUAAAAUUAUAGGCCUGAAAAGGUCUUGUAAAGGUUCUCUUAUUCUUCUAUCCAUAGAUAAGACUGCACAGAAAUUAUCCUAGAUAGAAUAGCAUCAAUUCUUUCUAAAAAAUUUAAAAGAUAGUUUACUCUGGCUUAAAACAGUACUCAUAUAAUAAUGAUAAUUUAUUGAUCAAUCACUUAAGUGUUUAUGCAGCAUUAUGCCUUAUGUGCCUUAUUUCAUAUUUGUAUCUUCACCAGCACCUAUAAGAGUCCCCUCCACAUAGUAGGAACAUCAUAAUUAUUUGUUGAAGCUGAAGUUAUAGUUCCUCCCUUCCAAAUGAACUCCAAAGAGAGCUCAUGUUCUAGCUGAGGUGUGUCAUAGGCUUACAAACACACAAUAACCGUGUAAUAGCUAAGUACAAAUGAAAAACAAGAUAUAUACAUUUAUUACUUUUUCAAAAGAUCUAUAAUUUUAUCAUUAUGGGUACUCUCUACAUUAACAUGGAUAGCAACCUCUCCUUCCACAUUGAGUUUCUACUACCAAAAAAAGGCAUCACUUGGUGGCCAACUUUUUGGGGAUGUCUCUCUGCACACGGUGAGCCUUGGACAUUAAGCCAUCACCAAUGCCAUUCAUACUUAAGAUUUUUCUAGCUUUGUGGGAGCUGCCAAGAUAUGCCUAGUGGUGGAGAAUACCUUUUUCAUGAGCUAUAUUUUUGUAGUUAGCAGACUUAAAGAAAACUCAUUGACAACAUGUUAUUUGUUUUUAAAACUGAUUUGCUCUUUACACCAAAUGUUUACAUUACACAUUAGAGUUUGAAAGGUGGGAGUACAGUAUUUAUAUUACAGAAUAAAUAAAAUAUAGCAAUUGUUUUCA